UAUUGUGAGUGGUGAAAGGGAGGAUGCUUUCUGGCAUGCACUGGGACAUGUCAUUUGUGUUACAGGUGAGUUAAGUAAUGUGAGGUUAGAUCAUCCUCACCCAAGGUGAUUAAAUCCUUAGCCCAGCAAACAAGAUGUAGCAACUAAACUAAAAUUAUCAUCCUACCAGUUUUCCAGUGCCCUCUGUGAAUUUGCUAAAUUAAUAACAGCAGAUAGAAAGGUGUGGGAAACCAGCUGUUAACAGGCUGGGGGAUCUCAUUAAGGAAAGGAAUAAAGUCCUUCUGCCUGUGUUCUGGGAUUGCUCCCAGACCACCGGUGCUCUGCCAGGUACCGGCUGCCACUGGCAGAGUGCCGGCUGGUCCCACAGUCCUGUCUCCCCCUUCUUCCAGCUGUUAGAACCACGCUGCGAGUCCCUCUGCUGCUGCUCUGCCCUGUGAGGUGGUGCCCUCCUGGCUGUGGGAGGGUGGCACAUGAGGCAAGAAGGGAGGUGGCACAUGAGAAAUAUCUGUAUUUGAUCACUGGGAAGGCUGUAACAGGGUUCAAGAGCAACAGGGCUGCUUACUUAGCAGCGCUCUGGAUUUCACAACUGGCGUUUUUCUGUCUGGCUCUGUAGGCUAGCGAGGCAUCCUGUGAGAAGCUGGCCAGGCAGUGACCUGGGUGAAGUUGUAACAUACUGUGAUAAGUGGCCAGGCAAGAGUGCUGGAGUAAUUUUUCUCUGAAGGGUGUGGAGGCCACUGCUAGGGCAUAAUACUGAGCGAGGCUAGACCUGUUCUGGUCUGUCAGUCCUGUGCCACUGCAUAGGAAACGGCCACUCUCCAUAACAAAACUAGCUUUACAUUUGUUUUCCACCUUCCUGCUUUCCCACGGUCUCCUUUGAUCCUCUGGUUCCUCCUUUAUAUGCCUUUCUUUCUUAAACGCGCUUCUAUAGUUGGCUUCCGUGUUUUCUCAUGGUAACACAUUCCAUGUAUUCGCUUCUGCUUGAGGGAAACACUCCCCAUCCACCCACACAUGUAACAGUGCUCGGGGCCAAAUUCUGAUCACUUCUGUGUCAAUGUAAACCUGAGCAGUUCCACCGACUCUGGCGCUGCUGCUUUGGGGUCGCAACUAUAUACCUCUGGGCACAGCGUGGUCCUUUAGCUGGACUGAAGGGUCAGGGAGGCUCGUUUGAGCACACACCCACGUCACACAAGAGAAAUAUCUGUUCUGUAAACAGUUCUGCUCCUUGGUGAGGUAUGCUGUGGAAUAGGCUUUGCUUUCAUGGGUUUUGCAAAUUGCAGAGAAGCUUUCUGUAAUGCAGAGGAAGAGUGUAUGCUGAAUAAUGAGACAUAAUUGAUUCUUUCUCGUAUCCCAGCUCUUUACAAAUGCAUACAAUGGAGCAAGCACGAUGAUUUCUGAGCAGCACAGGAACACCGUAGCUGAAAUUCAAGCCUGGGGAAGAGGGAGGUGCGGUACUGUGUUGAGCGAACAUGCUUAGCGCUGCUCGAUCACUGACACGGCAAAGCUCCCAGCGUUUCCGUCUGGCUCUGCCUGGGCACUGCUCUGCAGAAGCUCACCCUGCUGUUACAUGAGUUGAAAAAAGCCCCAUGUACACACUGAGCCACCACUUUUCUCCAGCAGUUGUGCCUUCAGUGCUUGCCUUUGACUAUUGCUUAGCAGACGUAGUAGAGUAGUGCUGAGACUAACAGACCCCUCUGCAGUGUGUGCUGGUAGGGUGUGUAAUGCCAGACCACCAACCUAGAGUAAUUUGCUGUACUCCAACCCCCCUUCUUCUGGGGGUGGGGCGGAGUAGUAUUUUUUUUUUAGGUAUGAAAUUUACAGGAUCUCCAAUCAAAUUAAAGGUGUCCCAGGGUCAACCCGUGAAACUAAAUUGCAGCCUCGAGGGAAUGGAAGAUCCCGAGAUGUUGUGGAUCAAGGACGGAGCAGUGGUGCAAAGCGUAGACCAGGUGUACAUUCCAGUAGAUGAAGAACACUGGAUCGGCUUCCUCAGUGAUCAUUUCUACCACCCACUGUGUGACUCUCUGCUGCGAUCGCUGUGUUUCAGAACAUGUGGCUGGAUGGGCAGGACAGCUGAUGCCAUUUGAAGCUUGAAAUCCGUCGAGCGGACAGAUUCUGGGAAGUACUGGUGCCAGGUUGAGAACGGGGGGAAGAAGGAAGAAUCACAGCAAGUGUGGCUCAUAGUGGAAGGUGUGCCCUACUUUACUGUGGAACCUGAGGAUGUGUCCGUGUCCCCUAAUGCCCCAUUUCAUAUGGCCUGUGCUGCUGUUGGUCCCCCUGAACCAGUGACAAUUGUCUGGUGGAUGGGAGACUCUAGAGUGGGGCUUCCAGACAUCUCCCCCUCCAUCUUAAAUGUGUCAGGUAUUAAUCAAAGCACAGUUUUCUCCUGCGAAGCUCACAACGUAAAAGGAUUGUCUUCAUCUCGGACAGCCACUGUUCAAAUUAAAGCCAUGCCUCUCCCGCCUCUCAAUGUAACUGUAAGCCAAGUCACCAGCAGCAAUGCCAGCGUGGUCUGGGUGCCAGGAUUUGAUGGCCGCGCACCCCUCCAUUCUUGCACUCUUCAGGUAGCUGAGUCACCAGGCGGCCAGGAGGUCUCCACUGAAGUCAGCCCGGUGCCACCCUUUGCCUAUGGUAUGCAAGGCCUGAAGCAUUCCACCAACUACAGCGUUCGUGUGCAGUGCAGCAAUGAGAUGGGCAGCUCCCCUUUCACCGACAGGGUUUAUUUCCAGACCUUGGAGCUUGCUCCAAGCAGCACGCCACAAAAUAUCCAUGUUAUCCAAAGAGAUCCUGGUCUGAUUUUGGAGUGGGAAGGUGUGGCUCCAGAUGUGCUGAAAGAAAAUGUCCUGGGAUACAGGCUGGAGUGGAUUCAGGAUAAUGUAACUCAGGGGGAGAUGAUCGUACAGGAUACAAAAGCUAAUCUCACAGCGUGGAAUCCUCUCAAAGACCUGAUCAUCAGGGUGUGUGUGCUGAACUCUGCAGGGUGCGGGCCCUGGAGUGACCUCUUCCUGCUUGAGGCCCAAGAGGUCAUGGGUGGCCAGAGACAACCUCCUUAUGGGACGUCCUGGGUUCCUGUGGCAUUAGGCAUUCUCACAGCUCUGGUCACGGCUGUUGCCCUGGCUCUUAUUCUCCUUCGAAAAAGAAGAAAGGAAACUCGGUUUGGCCAUGCCUUUGGCAGUGUGGUUGGCAGAGGGGAUCCAGCAGUCCAUUUCAGAGCUGCCAGGUCUUUCAACAGGGAGGGCCCUGAGCUCAUUGAAGCAACAUUGGAGAGUGUAGGGAUCAGUGACGAGCUGAAGACAAAACUCAAAGAUGUCCUAAUACAGGAACAGCAGUUCACCUUGGGAAGAAUGUUGGGCAAGGGGGAGUUUGGGUCAGUUCGAGAGGCAUUACUGAAGCUAGAUGAUGGCUCUUUCCAGAAAGUGGCAGUGAAGAUGCUGAAAGCGGAUAUCUUUACCUCAACUGACAUUGAGGAGUUCCUGCGAGAGGCUGCAUGUAUGAAGGAGUUUGACCACCCACAUGUCACUAAACUGAUUGGAGUCAGUCUACGGAGCCGUCCCAAGGGCCGUCUCCCAAUUCCCAUGGUGAUCCUGCCCUUCAUGAAGCAUGGAGACCUUCAUGCUUUUCUGCUGAUGUCACGAAUUGGGGAAAACCCUUUUAAUUUGCCUGUUCAGACACUCCUCAAGUUCAUGAUUGACAUUGCCAGUGGGAUGGAGUACUUGAGCUCAAAAAAUUUCAUACACAGGGACCUUGCAGCUCGGAACUGCAUGUUGGAUGAGAACAUGAACGUGAGUGUUGCAGACUUUGGGCUUUCUAAGAAAAUCUACAGUGGAGACUACUACCGUCAGGGCUGUGCCUCCAAGCUGCCAGUGAAGUGGCUUGCUCUGGAAAGUCUGGCGGAUAAUCUGUACACAACACACAGUGAUGUGUGGGCGUUUGGAGUGACCAUGUGGGAGAUUGUGACCCGAGGGCAAACCCCUUAUGCUGGUAUUGAGAAUGCAGAAAUCUACAACUACCUCAUCAGCGGGAACAGGCUGAAGCAGCCGCCAGAGUGCCUGGAAGAUGUCUAUGAUCUCAUGUGCAGAUGUUGGCAUCCUGAGCCCAAGCUACGCCCCAGCUUCGGAGUGCUCCGGUCCCAGCUGGAAAUGAUUCGUGGGAGGAUGUCCACACUCUCUUCCAGUCAAGAUCCUCUCUAUGUCAACAUUGGGAAGGACAAAGAGGCGUCUGCGAGUGACGCUGCCCUGCACGCCUCCUUUGGAAACACGGACGGUGAAGAGACCAUUGCUGGGGCGGCUGCUGCUGUCACAAGUGACUAUCGCUACAUCAUGAGCCCCUUGUGCCUUGGAGAUGAUGCCGAGGGUGAAAGGCAUCCAGAUGGGCAGGAAGGGGAGGACAAAAGCCUUCUGUAUGAGCUGGAGACAGAAGGAGAGAAAAGUUGUUAGCCUGUACAUAGCAGUGACACUCUGCUUCCCUGGGACGGGAUAUGUGCAGCCGCAGUGCCGUGUCACCUGGGGCUCUGAUGCCGGAUCUGGAAUGGCUUUGAACAGCACUGGCCAGAGCUCUUGGGCAGCUUUUGCAGCUUUCACCACCUGUGUGGGCUGCAGUGGCAGACGGCUUGGAAGGACCACAACCCCAGCAUCCCCUUGGAUUUGGGGAGGGGGGGAAUAGGGUUACAGGUUGAUCGCAUCCCGCUGAAAGGAGUUCAAAGUUAAGGCGGGCUCCUUCUCACUGACUGCUGGAGUAGAGCUGAAUACGCCUUCUGUUCAGUCAGUGCUUGCUCUUGUGUAGAUGUUGUCUUCAAUCCUGGCUGCGUGACUUCGGGACUGGUACGUCUGAAAACACUAGUGGGUAUUUACACUAUCAUUCAGGACAAGAGGGCAAAAUUCCUCUUGUGUUCACUCAGCAGUACUGCCUAGACUUGUUGCCUACCUCAGUGGUUCUCAAACUGAUCUGCAGAUCUGCUUCUACCCAGCACUGAAUUCGAACAUCUGGCUUAUUUCAUGCAGUGACACUUGCUGCUUCCUCAGUCCGGGGCCCUUUUAAGAGUUUCAGACAUUUUGGUGAGCGAUGAAAUUAGAAAAAAUGAAAAUCCAGCAUCCCUCUUCACCCCACAUACCUCUUUUAUGUCUUUCUUUUUCUUCUGUUUGAUGCCAAUUCAGGCCUGACCAGACUUGCAGCUGGCAUUUAAAUGCGAAGGGAGGGAGAGCAGCUGGCAUGUGUGAGGACAGAAUCCAACUUCAAAGGGAUGGAAAGGAAACAGUGUAGAGAGGACUUAACAGCAGUAUGGGGAAACAGUGCUAAUUAAUGCUAAGUGCUGCCCUCCAGGAGAGGAAAGAGGCAGCUUAGCUACAGAAUGGCAGACUUGCUUCAGUUUCAGUGGGAGCAGGAAUCAGCAUUUGCUUUAAAAUAGGAUUCAUUUAAUCUUUCUCUUUAACAGUCCUAUGACUUUUUCAAAUAACCAAGUGCUGUAGCUGCUGUAGUGAAGGUGUGAAAUCGGUUUUGGGAAGGUGUGUGUGUUGGGGGGAAGGGAUCAACUGGGAGAUCUCUUUCUGAAGAGAGAGCCCUCGUGAUGAAAAAGCUUGAGAACCACUGGCCUUCCUAUUUAGGAGGUCUUCUGGCACGCUGUAAAAGUCACAUCAGAACAUAGACUAGUAUCACUGCAGCCUUCCAGACAGGGCAAAAUUAAUGGUUUUGCUCUUCGGGUUUUGUUUUGUUUUCCAGUCAGCAUGUCUGACUCACUAUAACUGCAAGCGCUUGUGUGGUUUUUAAUAAUUUAAUAUUUUACUGUAAAUCAGCAUUUGUUUUGUGCAGUGGUUCCCAGCAAGGAAGUGCAGUUACAUCUGACUCUACUUAUCCUAAAUAUUUGCUAGAUCUUAAUUUCUUUUAUUUCCAGUGCGCUGAAAACUCGGCAGUAUCACAAGACUUAGGAUUCCACAUUGUUCUUCCUCAGAAACGAAUACCACAAAUGUCAUCAUUUGCUGAGUUGGCAAAGGUGGGACCAAUAAGUCAAAUGAAAUUGCAGACUUGGUAUCAGAACACUCCACCCUUCAAUGCCCAGUAUUUGCUUAUUGUAAGGUUCAGAGCUAACUACAAAAUUCAGGUCCAGUUUCAGCCCUUAGUGAGAACACUUCCUAGGGAAGGGGAGUUUCAGUCUGGGGCUUGGGCAGGGAUCCUUUCUGUAAAGUUUCCUACUGAACAGCAAUGUCCUACAGAUGUCUCCAGUAGUUCAGUACAGUUUCUCAGUCACAGAUACAAACUGCUCCAUCCUAUACCCCAGGCAGUACAGGGUUUUCUCUUCAUUUAGCUGGAAUGCUGUAAAUGCAGGUGAGAAGAUAACACCUAACAAAUGGUAACAAAAACCUGUGCGGUGCACAUUUGCAGUGAGGGCAGAAAGCUAUGCUCCCUGCAGCUGCCUGGGAAGCGCAGAUGUACAUAUAGAUUCUAACUUUGGGAAGCAUGUCUUUAGUUUUUAUGCAUUUUUUUAAUAAUAAAACAUGUACUGUG